UUGUCAGAGUUUAAAAACUGAAGGAGUAGAGGCAGAGAUUCCUGCAGCUUGACUGGUAGAAAACGAGCAUCGAGCCACGUAGAAAAGUUAAGAUUCAACAAGAAAACAGUGUAAACCUUUUCAAACAGUGGAACAUGAUUAAUCAGGGUCAUUAGGGUCAUGGUUAAAAAUGUUAACUGUUAACGCAGUAACAUGUUAUUAUUAUAUACAGAUCUGAUGUCAACACAUUUGUCUUUGUUAAAAUGGUUUCAUGGAAACACGUUGAACUGUGACUGCUGACGUAUGCGGUCGGUGAACUACACCGUCACAGCUACAGUGAGACAGUUAGAGCUUAAACACCGGACUAAGAAGAUUAUAGAGUUGGUUGUGAGUCUGUCACUGAAGACCAACGCAGCACACACCCCGAGGGAGAAGAAGCUGCUGGACAGAAUCAACACUUGUAACUGAGAGCGUGUAGCUGAACACCUGCAGCCAUGUGUGACCAGACCUUCGUGGCGGUGACCUUUGGCCCCUGUGAGAGCUGCAGCAAACCCAGUCCUCUGAUGAACAUCUACAUCAAGAGCGAGCCCAUCAACUACUGCUCCUUCUGCGUGGAAGUGAUGGCCUGUCAGGGGCUGAAGCAGGGAGAGAGUCUUCAGACCCUGAAGAGAGAGAGUGAGACUCUGAAGAAGAAGCUGGAGGAAGAGAGAGGAAAACUGAACGACGUGGAGUUGCAUCAGGUAGCUGAGAAGAUCGAAGUACUGGCUUCUCUCUCCAUAAAGACCAGACGGGUUCUGAAAGGUCACGCAAACAAGGUUCUGUGCAUGGACUGGUGUAAAGACAAACGUCGUGUGGUCAGCUCCUCCCAGGAUGGAAAGGUGAUCGUGUGGGACGCCUUCACUCUGAACAAGGAGAAUGUAAUUGCCCUGCCCUGUACAUGGGUCAUGGCUUGUGCUUAUGCCCCCUCUGGUUGUGCAGUUGCAUGUGGUGGACUGGACAACAAGUGCUCAGUGAUCCCUCUGUCGAUGGACAGAACUGAGAACCUGGCUGCAAAGAAGAAGUCAGUGGCCAUGCACACCAACUACGUGUCUGGAUGCUCCUUCACCAACUCUGACAUGCAGAUACUGACCUCAAGUGGCGACGGCACAUGUGCAUUAUGGGAUGUAGAGAGCGGUCAGCUGCUGCAGAGUUUCCAUGGCCACACCGCUGAUAUCCUGUCCCUGGAUUUUGCUCCAUCAGAAACUGGAAACACUUUUAUCUCUGGGGGCUGUGACAGGAAGUCCAACGUGUGGGACAUGAGAUCUGGACAGAACAUCCAGUCCUUCGAGAGCCAUGAUUCUGACAUCAACUCUGUCAAGUUUUAUCCCAGUGGAGAUGCGUUCGCUUCCGCUUCCGACGACGCCACGUGUCGAUUUUACGACCUUCGAGCGGACCGUGAAGUAGCCGUGUACAAAAAGGACAGCAUCAUAUUCGGCGCCUCCUCCGUGGAUUUCUCUUUGAGUGGUCGUCUGCUUUUCGCUGGUUACAACGACUACACCAUCAACGUAUGGGACGUUCUGAAGGGGACUCGCACCUCCAUCCUGUUUGGUCACGAGAACCGCGUCAGCAGAGUGAGAGUGUCACCUGACGGCACGGCUGUCUGCUCCUCCUCCUGGGACAACACUCUGAGGAUCUGGGCCUAGUGUUGGAGGCAGCGGGAUCAGAUGGAAGACACAGGGAAUUUAAAA